AAAAAAGGAGCAAUUGUGAGAGAGUCCUGCAUAUUUCAGAAGAUGAAGAGUACACUUGAGCAGGCAUAAAUGCACGCCGCCACAGCUUCUCUUAGCCAUGAACCUGUCACCGCUUUGUUCCUCCACCUCCUAAGGGUCUCCCGAUGCACCACCACUUGUCCACGGGAAAGGAGGGGCUUCUUCCCCCUGCCGGCUUCUGCUGCCACCGCUGCUGAGAUGAGCCCUGCCGGCUGCAGGGUGGCAGGGUCUCGGCUCUUUUGAUCCCUUCACCCAGCCAUGGGGCUCUGGCUGUGGCCUCUGCUCUGGGGCUUCCAGAUGGAGCUUGUGUGGGGUGCGGGGAUCUUCCAGCCCCAGAGGUUGCCUCCCUCCAAGGCCAGGACGGCCAAGGCAAAGGAAUGGACUCCAUCGUCGUCCUUUUCCUCAGCUUCCACUUGGGUGCCCACCCCGGACCUGGACAAGGUGGACCUGGAGGGUUCUGAGGCAGCCUUGACUUUCCUGUACUCAGGGGACGCUCUGAGGCUCUCCCAAGCCAACUGCAGCCGCCGCUUCGAGGCGCGGGACGGGGACAGGGCCUCCAGCCCCCCGCCGGGCCUGCGCUCUGCUCUGAGGGGGGCCACCGAGACCUUGACCCACGCCACCAACUUCCUCAACAUGAUCUUCCAGACCAAUGACAUCAGGGAGUCAAGCGUCAAGGAGGAUGUGGAGUGGUACCAUGCCCUGGUCCGGAGCGUCGUCGAAGGGGAUCCCCAGGUCUACCGGGCCAUGCUGAUCUUUGACGCCCACCCGGCGUCUUCCAAACCCCAGCUGAUGCUCCAGGCCACCAAGGAGAACAACGAGAUCUUGCUGCAGGACCUGACCGCCUCUUCCGAGAACGUGCGGAACCUGAGCUGGGAAAACCAGUGGUUCAACGGCCUGCAGGCCCAGCGGGGCCUUUUCCUGCACAAGCGGGUCCUCAGCAACGACCUCAAGAGCCUGGACACCCCCAAGUGGAACCGGGGCGACAGCUACGUGAUGGACUCCCGCCACGUCAAGUGGUCGCCGCCCUUCCUGGAGUGCCAGGAGAGCAAGUUCCUGCCCAGCUGGAUGGUGACCCUGUCCUCCUCCUUCUACGGGCUGAAGCCGGACCUGAGCCCCGAGUUCAAGGGCGUGGUGAGGAUGGACGUCAAGCUGCAGAACGUGGACAUCAAUCAGUGCACCAGAGGCCCGGGAUGGUUCACCAAUUCACACCAGUGUGAUCUUAACAGUACUCAGUGCAUCCCGCAGGAAAGCCGUGGCUUCAUUCUCGGAAGAUACCUCUGUCUGUGCAAGCCGGGCUUCUACGGCACAAGCAGGGCCUCCGGCACUGGCCAGUCCGGCCCAGAGGAAAGCUUGUCCCAGUUUGCAGGGCAGUACGGAGCCGUGGAUUCUGGGACCUUGCUCGAGUGCCGGCCCUGCAAGGAAGGAUGCGUGACGUGCGUGGACAACACCCCGUGUUUGAUCCAGGAGGAUUGGUCCCUGCGGGCUGCUGUCCUCUCUUUCCAGGCCUUCUGCAUGCUGACUGUCUUUCUCAGUAUGCUGGUCUCCUACCACUUUCGAAUGAGCAAGAGGAUUCGGGCAUCAGGAGUUAUCCUGCUGGAGACCAUCCUCUUUGGAUCUCUGCUUCUCUACUUCCCUGUGUUUAUCCUGUACUUCAAGCCGAGCAUUUUCCGCUGCAUCAUCCUGCGCUGGGUGCGCAUGCUUGGAUUUGCCAUCGUCUAUGGGACCAUCACCCUCAAGCUCUACAGGGUCCUGAAGGUGUUCCUCUCCCGCUCAGCCCAGCGAAUGCCCUACAUGACCAGCGGGCGGGUGCUGAAGAUGCUGGGGCUGAUCCUGCUCUUGGUGCUCUGGUUCCUGGCCGCCUGGACGGUGGGGAUGUUGGAGAACAUCGAUAAGAACAUCCCGCUGGUGAUCCGCUCCCAGACUGCCAAGGGGCUUCAGUUCUACAUCUGCGACCAUGACCGGUGGGACUACAUGAUGGUUGUGGCUGAGAUGCUCUUCUUAUUCUGGGGCAGCUUCUUGUGCUAUGCCACCCGGACGGUGCCCUCUGCCUUCCAUGAACCUCGCUACAUGGGCAUCGCCCUGCACAAUGAGAUGAUCAUCUCUGCAGCCUUCCACGUUGUCAGGUUCGUGAUGGUUCCCUCGCUGCAUCCCGACUGGACGCUGCUGCUGUUCUUUAUUCACACGCAUGUCACCAUCACCAUGACACUGGCACUGCUCUUCAUCCCAAAGUUCUUGCAUGCCAAAUCGCCCCUGCGGGAGGAGAUCGCGGCGGAGGUCUACGAGGACGAGCUGGACAUGCGGCGCUCAGGCUCCUACCUGAACAACAGCAUCACGUCGGCAUGGAGCGAGCACAGUCUUGACCCCGAUGACAUUCGGGAUGAAUUAAAAAAGCUUUACACACAGCUGGAGGUCCACAAAACCAAGAAGAUGACCGCCAACAACCCUCAUCUUCAGAAAAAGAGGAGCUCCAAGAAGGGCCUGGGCCGCUCCAUUAUGAGGCGCAUCACUGAGAUACCAGAGUCCAUGUCUCGGCAGUGCAGCAGAGAGGACAAGGAGAGCUCCGGCACGGGUGGCGGUGGGAGUCACUCUGGCUCCUACAAAAGAAGGCUUCUGGACUCCAGCAGCUCCAGCGUGAAGGUGAAAGAUGACUCCUCCAAACACAAAGCCUUCUCUCUGAGGAAGUCCCACAGCACCUAUGACCACGUGCAGGACACCAAGAAGGGCUCCUCGCCCCCCAGGCACGACAGCGUCUGCAAGGAACCCCCUCUCCUAGACACCUUGAUGAGGAAAAAGCUGGCCAAGAAAGCCUCCGAGAGAACCAACGGCGAUUCCCUGGACUCGGCCCCCCUCGUCUACAAGUCUGCCAGUGCUCACAACCUGUUGGCGGACAAGAAACCCCUUCACCCCAAACCCUCCCCCUUGCAGAAAUCCCUCAGCGUCCUCAUGAGUGCCAGAGAGAAGGCCCUGCUGUUGACCAGCCGGGCGUAUUUGGAAGACAGCUGUGAACAAGCUAGAGAAAAGGAGGGGAAGGGGAAGGAGGGAGCUUCCACUCCUGAAACGCAAUCCUCAGGGUGGGCGGAUGCCGGGGAGGCCACUGAGCAGGCUCCGGAGGAAGGGAAGCAGCUGCAGAGCAACGACGUAGCCCAAGGGACCGUGAGCUCCUUCCUGCAAGACAGCUUUGACAGGGCCACCGUUUGCCCCUGGGAGGAGGAAGUGACCCCGCCAGACAGCAAGGUGCAGAAACACGUCACGUAUGCCCCGAUAAAAAGCAUCAGUGUUGACAGCUCUCACCUGUCGGGGAGGGCGCCCCCUGCCAGCAAGAGAACCCUGCCACAACCACCUAUCAGGUACCAAAGCUUGGCUCACAGCCUCGAAAGGAGCGAGAUUGCCCCCUGGGACUCUCAGGAGCCCACGUGGCCUGCCACAGACGCUCCCAGUCAGGGCUCCAAAGAUACAGGUGCGCUGAUCGACAGCUGUCCAUGGGAGGUGGAGGAGCUUGCUGGAAAGAUAGAGAAGGCAGAGCGGGGAGAAGAUAAUGUGCAACCUCCGUCCACGCCUGGGAACAGCAGGCUACUGUCUGGAUCUUCCUUUGCUGUGGAAAUAUGCCCGUGGGAACUAGAGGAGGAAGAGGAAGUUUUCAAUCAGAGUCAGCAGGACCAGCCGAGCAAACCAGGAGGUGCUGAGAAACCAAACCGCUCUCUGGCAAAAGCCCAAAGCCUUAAAAUCUCCCCCCAGAAAAGCUCCCUCAAGAGCUUAGGGUUAGCCAUUAGAGCGUUUAACCGGGCAAGGGAGAAGGGCAGCGUUAAAGGAAGGAAGGAGGACGAGGGGAGCCAGAGGGAGAAAGAGAAAGAAAAAGAGGCUGGCAGUGGACGCGAUAAGCCCAAACUAGCGGAAACCUCAACACUAUCCAUCGGCGGGACGGCAAGGCAAGAGGCCGCAGCCAGAGGUCCCGAGGAAAGCAGGCAGAAGAUGAGUAAACAAGCCACCAUCUGCCCCUGGGAAGAGGUGAAUACAACCCCACCCCAGCAAAACAAAGGCGCCAGCAAAAUGUUUGAAAUAUGCCCAUGGGAGGUGAGUGUGGAAGAAGCAGAUGGUGCCCAAGAGGGGUCAGCGCCAGCCAAAGCAAGCAGCAGAACAGAAAGGAGGAGUUCAAAAGACACAGGAGGCACCUUACGUAGGAAGCUGGAGAGGGUGAGGAGCCAGUGGGAAUCCGUGUGUCCCUGGGAGACCAUAGAUUCUGAUGGAGCCCUGCAACAAUGGAGCAUGGAUGAGGCUAAAACAUCCCAUCACUCCAAGAUGGACGGCAAGAAUCCCGAGGCAUGCCCUUGGGAAACUGCAGAGGUUAUAACCAGCGUCAAAAAUGAAAUAUGCCCUGUGGACACAACUGAAGCUCCACUAGUGAAACAGGGUAAAGACAGAGCUCCCAAAGGGGACAAGAGCAUCACGCUGAAAGCAGCGGCAGGUCCAGGCAAAACACUGGAGAAGGGAAGCAGCCAGCGAGAGGACAUCUGCCCCUGGGAGAGCUUGGACAUGGAGGAACUGUCAGCAAAAACUGACACAAAACACACUGAUCUGCCUAAAGGAACUUCAAAGAAAUCUGACAGCGUUGAGAGCAGAAAGGCAGAGGUUUGCCCGUGGGAAACAGUGGAGGUCGAAACCAGUGUUAAUGCUGAAACCUACCCCUGGGAGGUGACUGAUGCGCCAUCAGAGAAAGGAACUUUAUUAAGAAAAGUUGGUGUGACUUCCAAAGAGGAUCAGAGCAUGAGGUCAAAAGCAACAGGUGCAUCUAAAACACUGGAGAAGGGGAGCAGCCAGAGGGAAACCAUCUGCCCCUGGGAGACCGUGGAUGUGAAGGACCCAUCAAUAAAACCAGCUUCCAAAAGUUUUGAUCUAUCUAAAGUUUCCUCCAAGAAAUCUGACAAUGCUGAUAACAAAAAGGCAGAGGUUUGUCCAUGGGAAAGUGCAGAGGUUGAAACCAGCAUUCAAAUGGAAAUCUGCCCCUGGGAAGCAGCUGAAUCUUCAUCGGAUAAAGGGAAAAUAAAACAGGAUAGGAAUGAAGCUUACACAGUCAGUUCAAGGGAGACCGGAGAUAUGCCAUCUAAGAAGUUAGAGACAGGGGGCAGCCAGCAAGAAUCUGUCUGCCCCUGGGAGAGUAUGGAUAUGGAGGAACUCUCAAUCAAGCCUGCUACAAAAAGCCUAGAUCUGUAUAAAGCUGCUUCAAAGAAAUCGCACAGUGUUGAAAGCAAGAAGGCAGAGGUUUGUCCCUGGGAAAAUGCAGAUGUUGAAGCCAGUGUUAAAACUGAAAUCUGCCCCUGGGAGGUGGCUGAGACUCCACCAGAGAAAGAAACACAGGAGAAAGUUAGUCUCUCCAAAAGCGACCAGAGCAUCACCUCGAAAGCAGCAGCAAGUCCAUCUAAAAUGCUGGAGAAGGGAAUCAGCCAGCGAGAGUCCAUCUGCCCCUGGGAGACCAUGAGUGUGGAGGAAUCCUCUGUAAAAAUGGACAGUAAAAACUUUGAAUCGUUCAAAGGCCCUUCAAAAAAAUCUGGCAGUGUGGAGAGCAAAAAAGCAGAUUUUUGCCCUUGGGAAAGCAAGGAGGUUGAAGCCAGCAUUAAAGCUGAAAUAUGCCCUGGGGAAGUGUCUGAAGCUCCAUCAGAUAAAGGGAAAUUAAGACAGGACACAAGUGCGGGGGAGGAGACAGGUUCAAGAGGAACUGGAGACAUCCCAUCUAAAAUGCUGGAGAAGGGAAGCAGCCAGCGACAGUCCAUCUGCCCCUGGGAGGACUCCUCUAUAACAACUGACCCGGGCAAAAUUUCAUCGAGGAAAUCUGACAGCGUUGAAAGCAAAAAGUCCGAUAUUUGCCCUUGGGAAGGAUUAGAUCCAAAAACAGUUGAGAAAGAAAGUUCGAAGGCAGAAAUAUGUCCGUGGGACGUCGAAGGAGCCUUGCCCAGUCGGACUGAAAAGCAGGCCAUGGAAACAGCCAGCACAGCUGUUAUGGGAACUCCAACAGCCCAGCCAAAAAAAUCAAAAAGUAAACCCAUGGUCCAGGCCGAACACAAGCUGCUGCAUCGCCUCGUGCCUGACCCCAAGCCCCUGAGAGGUUUCAGCAAAGCCCACAGCAUGAUGGCAGAUGUAGAAACCAGCAAAGCUUUAGAGGCGCGUCGGCUGGAGGCGGGAGACGUCAGUCCCAGCCACGCCACCCCAGCCAAAAGCAAAACAGCAGAAAAAUGGAGAGAGGAAACCAGGGGUCCCAGCCCAACCAAAUCAGAUGUCUGCCCAUGGGACUGUGAGUAGCUUUUUCCAUAAGGGUGGGAAACGGAUGCAGAUGAGGUAAGAAGGCGACUUCAACCAAUGACUGCUUCAAUUCUUAGCGCAGCCUACUGCGUGUCCACCAAACCUGGAUUAAGGACAUGAUUGAACCCUACACUGAUAGUCGAUGGCGUGGGUGACAAAAUCCCAGACGCAAAUAUCCUUGAUCCUCUCGGUUAGUGGAAAUGAACCACACUUGGACUCUCUAUGGGCCACUCGUGUCAGGGGACAGUUGCAAUUUUCUGCCUUCACUGAAAACCCAAGUCAACUGUGAUACUCUGCAGAUUCCAUCCUUUGUCUGUCAACACAUAGCGAGGUUCCAUUGUGUCCUCUUUGUCAAACCAGUGGUAUUGGACAGCGUUAAGACCAUCCUCAAAGCCAGCCUCACACACUUUCGCCAGCCAUAUGUCCAACGCCCUCAUCUAGAACUGUAACUCGAUAAACAAAAAAAGCUGCGAGCUCUGGUGAAAUGAGGGAUGUGCUUGGCGUCCAUCAUAUGAUUCUCCGUUUACAGCUAUGUCUCAGUUAGCUGAUAGUCUGGAAGUGCAUGGAACUCCUUGGUGUGCAACCAAUGGGCCCAUACAGGAGGAUAAAUCAAACUUAAUGAGGGGUCGAUAAGCCUUACACCCAAAAUGCUGCUCAUCCUUAGCCUAACUGAGGAAACUUGCUGCUCCCUUGAGCUACUUACAUUGAAGUUUGUAUUUUCCCCAAGUCACUGACCCUCUCUCCCAGGCCUAAGCCUGCCAAGGUCACCUCCUGCAAGGUGCUGAGCACCUUCAAAUUAUUGUUGUUGUUUAACAUUUGUAUUAUGGUGGAGGCCCCAGUCAGGAUCAAGACUCCAUUGUGCCGAGCGCUGAGUUUGUAAUGACAAGGCACUCCUUGCCCCAAAGAGUUACCAAUCUUAACAGAGGGGAGCUAGCCCGUGGAGAAAACAUAACACACAGGGGAGGACUAGGCAACAGGGAAACAGUUGUGUUUGGCGUAAUAAGCAGCACUUUGGGCACACAACUGGAGUCUAAAAUUUUAAGACAACAGGUAGUGAGAGACUUCUGCAGUUGACAGGCUCGGACCUUGCAUGUCAAUGAACAGCCUAUUGUGCAGAGCCGAACGAAACAGAAUAGUGAGGUGGAACAUGGGGACAGGGUCAAUGCAAAGAUGAGGCUGAGUAAAAAAGGGAAGAUGCUUUUCAAGUCAUUGCCAACAGCCCAACUGAUCACUCGUCGAACGCCGCAGCCACCUUCAUUUUGGUGAAGGGUAACUCCAGUAAUCUAGUUCUCUAGUCCAGUAAUCAAGUAAUCUUAUCUCAAGUUUGAAGCUUGAGAUAAACAAACUGCUAUUUAUGUUCCACGCCAGUCCCGGGUCACUCUCUUGCCUCGAUUUCAGAUUAAGUUACUUUUAAAUUCCCCACAGAGGCCCUGAACCAGUCACACGAAUUCCAUGUAUGUGAAACGAGCCAUUUUUGUUUCAUUCCAGGGAUGCUGGCUCAGUGCCUGAAUGUUAUUUGUGAGUCAGUGAUUCUCUUUUCUCUUGCCACAAAUCUCUGGAUGUCUUCCUGGGGAAUAUACUAACCUUCAGGCCCCCACCAGUGCUUCGCUUUUAGAAACCUCGGUAUUAAUGAGCCCCAGGGAUCAGUCACCGCAGUACCUGCGACGCACCUAGCUAAAUACACUGCACUGUUACACUGCUGUCAUGGGAACUCCAACUUAAGGGUAUUUAUUGUCUUAACUAAAAAUGCCACUAACUUUCCAAAGCACUUUGUCAUUACUAGUUACCGUGCAUGUCUGUGUGAUGACAUCCUGUGCAAACACACCUAGAGCUACAAUUCCACUUCUUGGCCCAGAAGGCAACCAAGCCUCCCCAGGAAGGGUAAUCACUUUCGUUUUCACGGUCAAGAAUAGCAAGCCUUCACUUUUAGAUGACACAGAGAGGUGUGUUUUCCUGGAUGCCUUUAUUGUCCUGUCCCCCACCCCACCCCCGCCACCCUGCACCCAUUUUUGGGUGGAGUUGGGAGACGUUAUGCCUGCUGGAAACCCAGUCCCCAAAAGGCCUAAUGCUGCAGCAGCCCGAGAAACGGCCCCUGUGUAGAGGAGGGCAUAUGCUGGGAGCCUGAGCAGCAUAGAUCAAUGCAGCGGGUCCUAAGGCCCUAGUCAGGAGAGCACAAGUGCUGCUGGUCAAGGACCAAGGUGCGUCAGCAGACGGGCGUUUGGGAAGCCAGCAGUGCCUCCUGCCCACCCCGUGCCUGGCUCUAGACAGUGCCCCGUUCUCCCCAUGACCUCUCCCCUCUCCUUAAAACAGGUGGGAAUUGUACAGCGGAAGGUGCACGCAACUUCCUCGCCCUGGAACUUUCCACAGCAGGAAACGCGGUCCCUGACAUGGGCAGCGGCAGAUUGACCGUGGGACAAUUAUUGACCAUGGACAGAAAGAGAAAUACAAAGGAAAGCUUUACCCACGAGGAGAGAAACGGGGGGAGAACAGCUAGGGCCAGCCUUAGAGGUCCCCACCCAGCUCCAAGCUCUGCCCAGCAGUGGUUCGCUGCCCAGGUAGCAUAGGUCUGAGAUCAUGACAGAGAAAGCGCUGAGAGAGAGAUGCCAGUUCUACCAACUUGAUCUUGGCCCUUUCCCCUUCUCUCCAGGAGUCAGGGCUGCUUGGGACAGUAGCUUUCCAGUAUUCCUCACCUCUGCCACCUGUCCAGUUCAGAUGGGAGCAGUGAGGUCAGAGACAGCAAAAGCGAAUGUUUUAGCUUCGUCCCCCAUCGCGUGGCUUUGGCCCAGGAUUUGUCUCCUCUCCCCUCCUGUCCUUUACUUUCACUGUGUCCGCAGGGAGUUGCGAUGCCGUAUAGCGUACUUGACUGUUUCAGUGCUGAAUGUCACACGGGAUCAUCCGAUUGUGUAAGAAAAUGUACAUACAGAGAAUAAAAAGAGUUAUCUAUAUCCACAA